ACUCACCUGACCUCCGUCUCCUUACACCCCUAAUAUAGAAAAGAAAAAAGAAAAAAAGAGACGGAAGUAUUUGAUAGACGCGGAUAAUCUCAUCGUGAUGAUUCUCGCAGUGUUAUUCGCUAACUCUGAAGGUAAUAUCCUAGUUGAACGCUUUAAUGGUGUUCCUGUUGAGGAACGGCUGCACUGGAGAACUUUUCUAGUUAAACUGGGAGCGGAAAAUCUUAAAGGUGUUAAGAAUGAAGAGCUUCUUGUUGCUUCUCACAAGUCUGUUUACAUUGUUUACACAGUGCUCGGAGGUGUCAGUGUCUAUGUAGUUGGCAAAGAUGAGUAUGAUGAACUUGCAUUGGCAGAGGUGAUCUUUGUUAUAACCUCAGCUGUAAAGGAUGUAUGUGGAAAGCUACCGACGGAGCGCCUUUUUUUGGAUAAGUACGGGAGGAUAUGCUUGACUUUAGAUGAAAUUAUUUGGCAGGGAUAUCUGGAGAACACAGAUAAAGACAGGAUCAGGAGGUUAGUACGUUUAAAACCUCCGACCGAGUUCUAGGCCAAGAACGGUCUGCGGUCACUGCCUAUUCGGAGACAGUAAAAUCAGGUCUUGUACCCUUUUGAAAGGCAUGGUAUAUCAUAUGUCAUAGUAUGUAUUUACCGUGUGAGUGCUGUGUAAUAUCAUGGUUCCUAUUCUGACUUACAGAUAUUUUCAGUUCUCUGGGUUUUGGAGCUUAUGGAACUUUUCCAUGGAUUUUCUGAUAUUCUCAUAUUGAUUGGAAACCA